GGACAUUUGACUGGCAUCUCGUUUCCUGAAGACAAAAUGAAUCGAAAUCUCGUAAAUCAGGAUGCACGUUGGCGCCCGGCGGCUGGAGAUGCUCGGCGUGCUUCACGCCGAUGCUAAUUGUGUGGUCUGGGUGUGAAGUAUGAGCUUGUCCAGCAUAUGAAGCCUCGUACGCCGCCGGCGUGCUCAGAUGCGAGCAUGGCAGGCGAAUGCGCGCGGCUGCCAAACGCAAAGUAGGUCCCAGUUACUCUUCGCUUGCGGUUCAAGUCUGACGGCCAGAGAGCGAGUGAGAGAGAAAGAAAAAAAUUGGAGCGAUGGCACCGACGAGGAUGGAAACCAAACCGCUCAUCUUUUGCGUGAAGAUCCUGCUACUCUUCUACUCGUUCAUCUUCUGGGUGACAGGCGUGGUCCUGCUCGCGGUGGGUUUGUGGUGGAGGUUCACGUUGAGUCCUUACACGCUGUUGAUCUCCAGCGCACCGUCCAACGCUCCCUUCGUCCUCACCGGCACCGGCGUUGCCAUCGUGCUCUUCGGCCUCUUCGGCUGCUUCGCCGCAUGCAGGGGCAACCCUUGGAUGCUCAAACUGUACGCCGUCUUUCUGGCUUUGGUCUUCCUGAUUGAGCUCAUUGCUGGAAUCUCCGGCUUCAUCUUCCGCCACGAGAUCAAAGGCACGUUCCUCACCACGUACAGCGAGGCUGUGCUGAGAUACGACGGACGGAGCGACAGGAGCGUGGCUGUGGACGACGUCCAGCGUAAAUUGCAAUGCUGCGGUGUUCAUAACUCCACCAACUGGUUCGCCAGCGACUACUUUGCAACCGGGGGCAUCCCAGUCAGCUGCUGCGUUAGUUUCUCCGACUGCAAAGAGGGAGACUUGAAGAACGCCACUCUGGCGGCGCGCAAAGUCCACAAGCAGGGCUGUUAUGAGCUGGUGACGUCCUUCAUCGAGAGCAACAUGGGAAUCAUCGCCGGGAUCACCUUCGGGAUCGCCUUCUCUCAGCUCGUCGGCAUGUCGUUGGCCUGCUGUCUGUCUCACUUCAUCAACGCUAACCAAUACGAGAUGGUCUGAAGAAGCAACGACAUUUCACCCUGGAAGCCGGUGGAAUCACGUACGACGGUGUGUAGAACACAGAUGGGGUCAAGUUGAGGG